AUAGUGUCAAUGUCAUACAGUUCCUACAAGGCUACAUUGUACAAAAUAAUUAUUGUUUAUUUGUCGAGUUAAAAGUUUUUUGACUUCUUUUCUAUUUCUUAACUAAGUAUUAUUUUAUUGUAAAAAAACGCUAGAUUAGGGUCAUAAAAGUUUUUCGUCCCUCACAUAAUAUUAUAGUCCUUAAUGUAACCUACCUAUAUAUUUUACACAAAUCAGUAUAGAUUAUUAAGAAGAAAAAGAAAAAUUUACAGUUGAACAUAAUAAAAUGAAGCUUCAUCUUGCUUUGGUUCUGUUAACAUUGCUCGCAUAUAAUUCGAAAACAUAUGGUCAAAAUCGUGCGAAGCUUGAUGAAAAACGGCAACAGUUGACAGAUUUAACGAAAAAGCAGUCUAUAAUUCCUUUGAAUCUUCAUAAGUUCAAAGAAUAUGUUAAAACUCCACCAAAGGAUUACUCUUUUGUCAUUAUGUUCACCGCAAUGGCACCAUCUAGGAGAUGUGCUAUUUGUCAACAUGUAUAUGAUGAAUACCUGCUUUUAGCAAAUUCAUUUAAGUUCUCGGGGGCAAAUAGUGAUAAACUGUUCUUUGGUAUGGUGGACUUUGAUGAGGGCUCUGACAUAUUUCAAAUGUUAAGACUGAACACAGCACCAGUGAUAAUACACUUCCCAGCUAAAGGCAAACCCAAACCCGCAGAUUCCAUGGACUUUGAGAGGGCUGGUAUCCAUGCAGAGGCGAUGUCUAAAUGGCUUCAUGACAGAACUGAUAUUAUGGUCAAAGUUUUCCGUCCACCGAACCAUUCAGCAGCAUUUGCCUUUGGUUUGUUGGCAUUUCUUAUUGCAGUCUUCCUCUAUCUUCGAAGGCACAAUCUAGAAUUCCUAUACAACAAACAGAUGUGGGCCGUAUCUGCAUUGUUUUUCUGCUUUGCUAUGGUUUCUGGUCAAAUGUGGAAUCAAAUCAGAGGCCCACCAUUCCUACAUAGAAACAAGAAUGGUCCAGUGUAUAUAAACAGUGGUUCUCAUGGACAAUUUAUAAUUGAGAGUUACAUUGUGGCUGUUUUGAAUGGUGCAGUAGUGGUUGGCAUGAUUUUAAUGAUAGAAUCAGCUGGAGGUGUGAAAGGGACAGAAGCUAGAAACCAACAAGAAGGAAAGAAACGCAGAUUCCAGUCCGUUGUGGGACUUGUGAUGGUGUGCGUUUUCUUCUCUUUGCUUCUCUCAAUAUUCAGAUCAAAGACACAAGGUUAUCCUUACAGCUUCCUGUUCAAGUGAGAGAAUAAUUAAAUGUUUGAAAAACACUAAAUGUAAUUUUACCUUAUUAUUAUUGUGCAUUUAAAUUAAAGGAUUGAAAUAAA